ACUAUCACUGGAUCGUCAGUCCUCUAGACUGUGCUCACACACAGCACCAUGUUGUCCGCAGGGGUGCUGCUCAUUGGCCUGUGUUUGCUGGGUGUUCAUCAAAAUGAAGCCAUUGUAAGUUUCUCAUCAUUUUUAUUAAUAAACUAUGAUGAUUUUUUUUGUAAUGGUGCAAAUACUGAGUUUAAGAAAAGAUACGUUUUUAAUUUGUCCUUUUUUCCCCUUUCUUUUAGUCAUUUCCGGAUGAUGUCUUCUGUAAGAAACUUUUCUCCAGUUGACCUGUGUGGUUCUGAAAAUUUGGAGUUCAACUAAUUUCUGUGUUAUGUAAUCGCACAUUGGAUAUUUAGAUUUGAUUUUUUUUUUCUUUUUUUAUGCAUAAAAAAUGUAAUUGCGAGCAUGGUUUGAAAUCCAUAUGUAAACGUUAUAAUCCAAAUUAUUUGGAGGACAGAACUAUCAUUUCAAGAAUAGGGAGCAAGUUUAAUCAUAAAUUAUCACAGUAUAAUUUUAGGACUGACAGAAUAAUAAAUGAAAAAAUUGUUCUUAGUUUUAUUGUGACAUUGAUUUUUUGUGAUUCUAUGUCCUCUCCUGCUUCAUCCUGUACUCUUUCAGUGAACUUUAGCUUUGUGUAAACUCUGAGUUGAUAUUACUGUUAUACUUUAUCAUCAAAGAUAUCUUGUACAUUGAGUUAUUAUUGGUAGUGACAAUGGUUCAUUAAGUUGCUUUAACAGUCUUAACAGAGUGUAACUGAAGUCUUAAAAUCCAUGUUUUUCUCCCUUUUUGACCAACCAAUGAUCUGAUCUGACUUUUAAACGCACACAGUUAAUAAAUCAUAUUAUUGAAAAUGUUGGUAACCCUGCUGCUUGUAGUAACACUCUAGUGACUCAGAGAUCUCUGUUCCUCACAGACAUAGAUUAUGGAUUUGACACCACGGAUGCACCUAACAUCUACUACGAUGUGGAUGACUGGUUGUUCGACUUGAUAGAUGAGCCGAGUGAGUAUCCUCAUAAGACUGCAUGUUCUGUAUUUAUUACUGUGUAUGUUUUUACGUUAUACCUAAAAUUAUACUUUAUCUCUCCAGCUGCAGAUGCUUGUCAGUCUAACCCCUGCUUCAACGGUGCUUCCUGCCUUCCUAAAUCAGAUACAGAAUUCACAUGCAUUUGUCCUUACCCCUACGUGGGCAAGAGAUGCCAGAAAAGUGAGCUUUUCCAACCUUGCUUCAUUAUUUUGUUGCGCACUUUCAUACCACCAUUCUGGCUGAUUAGAUGGUUGCAGGUCAUUUGACAACUUGUAUGAUGAUCAUUUUGGAGUGCUUUAUUUUAAUGCUUAUACACAAAGUUGAUGUCUGGUCAAACUUUCACUUUUGAAAACAUUUUUUUUACUGUACAGUGAAAAAUAUUUGUGCGAAUGUCACCUGUGGCCAUGGUAACUGUGUCGUCAAUUUAAACAAACCUGAGUCAUACGAGUGCAAGUGUAACCCUCCAUACUAUGGCCCUGACUGCAAAUCAUGUGAGUACCCAAAACCUUAUCUUUUACAAAAUUUGAGAUUGAUUUUUGUCAGACUAAACAAGGAGAACCAUAAAGUUCCUUGUUGUGUUGUCAACUGUUCUGACGUGGAGUGGUGUUGUAGGCCCAUCAGACUCUGAUGGGAUCCACUGUUUUAAGUGUUGCAAUCAUGUCUGCCAAGAAACUUUAUACCCCAUGAUCCUAAUUUAUUAUAAAAGGGCAUCUCUGCAAGAAGUUAUUACAGGAAAGUGACGUAAAUAAAAUGUAUGGAUGCCUGACUUGCUUGAGGCUCCAGCAACAGAUAGUCUCCAAAAACUUCUUUUCAAAGGAUGGAUAUCUUAAGGGGAGAACUGGGUAGUCAAUUCUCUGAACCCUUUGAUACAGCCUCGCAGUGAUGCACCUUUGAAUUGUUUCAGUGCCAUCAUCAGCCUGUGAACCCAAUCCCUGCCAGAACGGAGCUACCUGUGUGAAAGGGGCCAAACGCUUUGGCUGCAUAUGUCCUGCUGGAUAUACUGGGAGGUUCUGCCAAAAUGGUUAGUGCUGUCUAAAGGACCGAUUCAGCCAUCACACCCGUUAGCAGGAAAAGCCUGAAAUGAACUCUUAGAAAAACACAAAAAGUUCAACGUUCACCAACAAACCAAACAUCAGAUAUUGAUCGAUUACAGAAGCUCUAAAAUACCACAGUCCUCAGCAGUUUUUGUGUGUGUCAGUGUUGUUUAUGGUCCCGCUGCAAAAAAAAAUCAUUUUUAAUUAAGAAAAAAUCACACAAAACUAGCUCAAAUUUGACAUUUAAUUCAACUUUGUGGGCUUCCUGUGAGGAUUUUGUAUUGAUAAUAAGAGGGUUUUUCAGACCCUAUAAAUAUUUUGGAUGCUUUUUUUUUUUUUUUUAAGUGAGGUUUUGUGUUGACUUUGAGUUUCUCUUGUAGCACCUGCUGACUGUUAUGAGGGCAACGGGGAGUCAUAUAGAGGCACUGUCAGUGAAACAGAGGACGGACAGGAGUGUUUGGACUGGAACUCUUUCUUCGUUCGUUCACAGGGGGAGGAUCCUAUCACCAUGUACCCAGACACUGGACUGGAGUCUAACAACUACUGCAGGUUGAGUCAAGAAAACAUUUAAUGGAAAAAAGAUUAUAUAGCGUUAAACUGACAUGGAUUUUUCCAUAGAUGAGUUUGUGACCAGCCCUUCUUGGAAGAAAAAGCUAAUGUACAAAAGCUGAUUUGUUUAUCAUUGCUACAUGUUAUGAUGUCCUUGUCACCUAAAACAUGGACAUCAUAACACGCGAUUGCAAUAUUCCUGUAUUGUAAAUUGUAUUCCGUGUUUAUCUCUGACCUUGCUGUGUCCUGUGUUUCGCCUAUCUUGUAUGUAAAUUAGAUGUGCCAUCGCAUGCUCUUGAUUGGCUGCUCCAGCACACCGGCAGCCAAUUGGGGGCUUGUUCCCGUAGUACUUUUUUCUUGCUUAUUGCUCAGUUAAAGGCAUGGUUGACGAUCUGAGAAGCAGUUGAAAAAAACUGAGCCAUUGAGGCAGAUUUGAAAAACGUGUCCCACCCCCCACCCUCUGUGCUCCAUGAUAACUCCCCCCAUGUACCUGUAUCGCCCUCCCCACGACACACCCUCCCUGGCAGAGCAAGAAGCCAGCCGGCAGAAGAUCCUACACUAGCCUCAAAUAGAAUUCAGCAUGUCUGAUUGCUAGUGACUAGUGGCAGUAAAUGCCAGCUCUGCUAGCGAGCACUGUCUGCAGCUGCCUGGACAGCUGUUGUGUUGAAAUUGCAGAGACUAAUAAGAGUAAUUUAUGAGAUCAUGUGCCACUAAAAGGCAAAAACGAAAUGUUAUGAAUAUAACUUCUGUUCCCUGAAGAAGAGGAACGAGGUACAACACAUAUAGUAUGGGAUAUCACGCCCUCGCAUGGCCUGACUGAAGACACCUUUAUUCACGCCUUUAAGGCAGAUGAUCUGUGGUGACGUCUGGGAGGCUCCGCCUGCACAUAUAUACGUGUAACACCACAGUCAUUAUUCAGUUCGAUAGCCGCUCUUCACCGAGCCUAGCUGCGCAGUGGGGCAACCUAGUGUUGUACCUCGUUCCUCUCCUUCAGGGAACAGAAGUUAUAUUCAUAACAUUUUGUUCCCUUUCAGUCGAUUCUCUCGGUACAACACAUAUAGUAUGGGACAUAUAUACACGCCCCACAGAGCAGCCACCGAACCGAAGUCAAACUUCCAAAACUUUAGUGCACUGUAGACCCAGCAGAAAGGACAGAGUGAGCCACUGAAGGGGCUGUCCCAUCCAAACAAUAAAACCGAACAAAAACUGUGCGGUGAUGAUCAACUGGCUGCAGUGCAGAUAUCACUCACAGAAACCCCUUUAAACAAGGCCUAUGAGGCUGCCAUUCCCCUGGUUGAAUGUGCCCUCACACCUUGGGGCAACGGAAGACCCCUGCUGCCGUAUGCUAAGGAGAUAGCCUCCACAAUCCAGCGGGAAAGCUGCUGUUUAGACAUUGCCUUGCCUUAGGCUGGAUUAGCAAAACAGACAAACAACUGGUAACAUAAACGCACACUCUGAGUGCGGUCUAUGUAAGUGCGUAGUGCACGCACAGGGCACAAGGAAUGCAACCUCCUCUGCUCCUCAGAUGCAAAUGGAGGACGGCAGAAGCUCAGUAGUUCAAAACUCAUAGAGCUAUAGGCUGUGGGGAUAAUCUUAGGCAAAUACGCUGCAUUUGGGCGCAAUGUAACCUUAGAUCCAUCCAGAGUGAACUGGAUACAAAAGGGAUGCACAAAGCAUGAAGGUCACCCACUCGCCAAAGCAAGUAGCAGUGCAGUUUUGUAUGAAAGAAAUUUCAUGUCUGCUGACUCAACAGUCUCAAAUGAGGUCCACCAAGAGCCCCAAGCACCAACCCUAAAUCCCAUGAGGGAACACUGGGUUUAAGCACAGGUCUCAGCCUGCGGACUCCCUUUAGGAAGUGCAUAGUUAGAGGGUGAGCGCCUGGCGACACACCAUCAAAGCCAACAUGGCAUGAAGAUACAGCUGCCAAAUAGACUUUAAUUGUUGAGAAACAGAGACCCCUAUCCAGCCGCUCCUGAAGGAAUGUUAAAACAUCCACAAUAGAACUUUGAAAUGGGAGUACAUUUUGGUCCUGACAUGCAAUCUCUACUCUCUCACAAGACGACCCCCCUGGAGAGAAGGUCUGGCCCAAGGUUUAAGUGACCCGGAAUAUGUGUGGCUCUGAGUGACAGAAAAUGAACACUGCACCAUAGCAACAGAGAGUGAGACAGUUUUAACAGGGGAAGAGAGCAUGUCCCUCCCUGUUUGUUUAUGUAGGAAACCAUGGUUGUGUUUUCCGUCCCGAUCAGAACCUGAUGGCCCGUCAGAACCGGACGAAAAUGCCUCAGAGCUAAUAGGAUAGCUAAUAGCUCCAGGUAAUUGAUGUGGAGCUUGCAUUAUGCUGGCGUCCACACACCUCUCACUGCUGCGCCGUCGCACAGAGCCCCCCGACCCCUCAGGGAUGCGUCUGUGGACACCACCUUGCGAAAAGACACCCUCCCUAUCGGAGAUCCCCGUUGUAGAAAACUGGGUUCUCUCCAAGGGAAAAGAGCCGACAUGCAAGACGGAGUUAUCGUCAGCCUCCUCUGGAGGUGACGCUGCGCGCACAGCCGGUGAGCCCGAGUCCAGCGUUGAAAUACUCUCAUUUUUUUACAGUCCGAGCGGCACUACAGCGAUCAUAGAUGCCAUCAUGCCUGUCAGCUGUAAAAUCGUCCGGAAACACCGUUUGCGUCCCAACUGAAAUUGUGCAAGGCAGCGGUGAAACGCAGCCACCCUGCGUUCUGACAGACACGCUAGGCUUGAAACGGAGCAUAUUUCCAGCCCGAGAAAUGAUACCUGUUGACUCGGAGUCAGUGAACUUUUCUGUAAAUUUACGGAAAAGCCCAGUGUUUAGAUGUGCGAUAGGGUCAAUGACAGCUGAGUCACUCUCUGGAGCUCGCGAUUAGCACCCAGUCGUCCAGAUAGGCUUAGAUGCGCACACCUUUCUCCCUUAGUAGAGCCAAUGCCGCCUCGACACAUUUGGUGAAUGUUCGGGGGCGAGUGAUAAGCCGAACGGCAGCACCAGGUAUUCGUAGGCUAUGCCCUCAAAUGCAAACCUUAGAAAGUGCCUGUGGUCCGGAUGAAUCGCUACGUGAAAGUAAGCAUCUGUCAGAUCGAUAGUUGUAAACCAAUCUCCCGGUCUGAUUUCGCCCAGUAGCUGUCUGAGUGUUAGCAUCUUGCACCUGUAAGUUCGUAGGUAUUUGUUUAACAUUCGCAAGUCUAGGAUAGGACGGAGCCCUCCUCCUUUUUUCGGAACAAUGAAAUCGCGGCUGUACCAACCUUUGUUCGUUUCCGAAGCGGGAACAACUCAUAUCGCUCUCUUGUUCAACACGUUGUUUAUUUCUUCCCUCAGCACUGCUGCUUCCUCUGCUACAACUGUGUGUAUUACAGCGUGAAAGCGAGGCGGCCGGGCCCUGAACUGUAAACGGUAGCCCAUGGCAACGGUUCUCUCUACCCACGGUGAGACUGCGCAUGCGCACCACCGAGGGAGACGAACAGUCAGUCGACUGACCUCCAGUACUGUGGGGGAGGGGUUGUCGCCCUCUAGCGUGCCGGCUGGGAACAGCAAUACUUUCCCGCCCAGACUUGAUUGAUUUAUGAUGUUUUGAGAACAAAACGGAACCUCUAUUAGACUCGACGAACGCACAUUUGUAACAUUCACUCAGUGAACAACAGGCGCCAUUACUGGGGCAUGUGUGUGAGGGAGGAUUGUGCUUGGGAAAACUGUGUUAAGGGAGUGCAGCGCCUCUCGGGACCGGACCCCUGAACAAACAUUAAACGCGGCCUCUUUGGCGGCAAAAAAUGAAGGGCGGCAGCGUCUCUGCCGGUUUGUGCGGAUAACCCUGUUGUUUGGGCCUCGCAUCACGCCUGGGGAUGAUGCUGCUCAAAGCUUCGGUUUGUUUUUUCCUCGGCUCAAACUUAGCCUGAAUGUCGUCGAGGGACUGCCCAAACAAACCGCUGGCCGACACAGGCUCGUUGAGAUAAACCGCUCUGUCCCUCUCCGGAAAGUCGGAGAGAGUCAGCCACAGGUGCCUCUGCGCCACCACCGUGGAAGCCCUGCCUCUACCGAGAGAGAGCGCUGCACAGCGGGACACACGGAGGAUAUAAUCUGUGGCGACCCUAGCUUCAUUGAGGAGAGGAGAAAGCGGACUGUCAGGAGGCAUACGCGAGCCGAGUUCCGCCAGACACAUAGCUUGAUAUGUCUGAAGCAUGGUGACGGAGCUCAGUGCACGAGCCGUAUUUGCCUGUGUCCUGUAAAUUUUAUCCAGCUGUGACGCUGAAAACCUGCAGUGCUUGGAUGGGAGCGUGAUAGGGGCUACCGACACCAUGAUUCUGGGCCGGGGCCAGAUAAGCUGCCAGGGACGCCUCCAUAGGCGGAGGGUUCACCAAUCCAGCUUUUUCAGCUCCAUCCAGGUCCAGAAACUGUCCACAACCGGGCACUGUGGCGCGGGUGGACAGCGGCUUGUCCCAUGUCGAGGUUAGUUCUGCGACAAAAUCCGGGAACAUGGGCAAACUGUUCUUAACAGUCGUCGGUUCGGGUGGGAGAAAAAACCCAGAGAACCACGACGGUUUUUGAGCCGGUGGAGGAGAGGGCCAUCCUACUUCCAGUUUCUCAGCUGCACGGCGGUACAGUGAGAGGAAGGAUGUGUCAUCCAGAUCAACCGGCGCAGCAGCGGCGGCAUACUGACCCGAAGACAACGGCUCCUGCUCAUCCUCCGAAAAACCCUGCACGUCCAGGCCGAUGUCCAGCACGUCAUCGUCCUCCUGGUAACAAGCUAGCCCGGAUAGCGGCUGGCCAGCGCCCUCGGUCGGGCCCGGCUCAAAUCCAGCUGACCCAUCAGCACACUCCACAUGGUCUGCCCAGUUUCCAAAUGAGCCUUCGACCAGAAAGUCCUCACUACCGGACUCGGGCGAAGCUGGGUCUCUGGACUCGGAGAGGAGGGGAUCGUGCAUCGUAACAGCGUAUUUUCCUAGAAUUUUCUCCACAAACUUGACCCGCCUUCCCAGGGUUGAGCUCCGAAGCCGGUGACAGGACUCACACGACUCGGGCUCAGUCAACGCCCUCCUGGCGUGGACAAUACCCUGGCAAACGGGACGAGCCUCAUGGAGAUCCUUCUCGUGAAGGGAGAAGCCGCACCCCUGAGGACAGGGGCGAACAGAAGACUUCGCCUUCGCUUUCAUGGGCUCAGCGCUCAUAACAAGACGCAGAAGCUGAACGAAAUUAGCACUCCGCGGAUAGCCGUAGGCUAACACCAACAGGGGCAGUUAAGCUAAAAACGAUCAGGCAAUAGCCACAGACAAGACCAGGCUGAGCUAGCAGCAGCUAGUUAGCCCGACUCGGUGUAGGUGUUCUCAGCGAGGUGAAGAGCGUAAGAACUGAAGGAUGACUGUGGUGUUACACGUAUAUAUGUGCAGGCGGAGCCUCCCAGACGUCACCACAGAUCAUCUGCCUUAAAGGCGUGAAUAAAGGUGUCUUCAGUCAGGCCAUGCGAGGGCGUGAUAUCCCAUACUAUAUGUGUUGUAAUGAGUGAAUCGACUGAAAGGGAACUAUGGGCUCUAUUUUCGUGCCUCGCCAGCGACGCGGCGCAUGCAUGGCGUAAGUCAGGUCCGCCGCGCCAACAAGGCGUCACCAAGCACAAUUUGGUAUUUUGGUGAGCGGUGCAGCCCGGCGUAAGUAUCCCCCCUCCCUAACUCAGCUCCUCCCAGCGGCGUAAGUCGUAGCGAGGGAGGAGAGAGGGCGGAGAGUGGGUUUAACACAGCCGAGACCUGUUUUCACCAAUCACAUAAGCUCCUCUCCUUGCCUUUAAAUCUGCCACCAGCGAGGUGUAUUACUAUUUUCAUGAAGUAGUCAAGGAGAUCAAGAGAUGUCUGAAGACAGUAAUGCCACACGAUGGCGACAAAGGGCAGCUCCUCAUCAAGUGUCGCUGUAAGCGCUGCAUUGGGCGUCCUCCACACUCUCAUACGAGCACAGAUGGAUUUGGUGUGUGUAAUGUUGGACCCACUGGUAAGACAAACACCCUUUUCCACAAAUAAAGACACUCACAUAAAGUUGCUCAUAUUCAAACCUCACGUGACAAAGGUGGGUUGUGCGCACAGAUCACAACAUAAACUCCAAUAAUGGCAUUAAAAUCGGAACCAUCUGUGCGUAAAUGACGCAUCGCGCUCCGUGGCCUGGCUCUUUCUUUCAUAGAUGUUGGCAUAUAAAAUAAAUUUGGCUCACAAAACUGAAUAUUAUAAUAUUCGUAUGUCAGCUUAAAGUAGAUAACACAUCUGAGCGCUGAAACAAAUCAUCUGUUCAGCCGCCACAGCAGCAGGACGGAGAGAGACGUGUCUUGGUCGAGCUGUGCGAGAGAUAAGAGGAAGAGAAAGAAAGAAAAGGAGGGAGACGAAUUACAUAUCUUGUUAACUUCAUCAUGUGUGUUUAUUUACUAGAUAUUUAAUUUAAUUUGAUGCGGUUUCAGCUGUGUUGAUUCGGUCAGGUUGUGUGUCCAAACGCGUGCCAAACGCGCUCAUCAGAUCAGAUAUAGAUCAGAAUACAUCUAUAGAUCUAAAUGUAUGUGCUGACUCAGAUUAUUAGUUGUUGAUGAUUAUUUAUUGCACUGAAAUGUGCCUGACACUGUGGAAACCUGCCGGUGAGGCAUCGGUGACGUAUGCCAAUACGGUCUACCAAAAUACUAAUAGACCAGCUGCACUCCGCCUGCGCUGAAAGCUGACCAGGUUUGAAUCGGCGAGCUUUCAGCGCACUUUACACGCCGGUGGCGAGCACGAAAAUGUCACUGCGCCCGCUGAUUCUGUCUACACCUCCCCCUGCCACGCCACCACGCCCAGCUUGGCGGAUCUCGGCUCGCCUCCGUGCGCCUCAGUCCACGAAAAUACCAAUUGGAUGGAGAGGUGGAGCAGGAGAUUGACCAAGAGGAGCUGUCCAGGACGGAUGGCUCCCAUUGGUCAAUGUAUUUGCAGCCCUGCACCUACUAGGGAGAACAGAUUUUUUACAUUCUUUUGUCUCUUCACUUUGUAGCACUAUAGGACCGUGAUCGCCAUAUAAACAAGGUUCAUAAUAAUGACCAAUCUCUCCAAUCAUCAACCUUGCCUUUAAGUUUUUUGUGUUGUCGUGGUAUUUCUUGGCUGGCAGUUAAAUCUUGGUGUGUCGGGAGGUACUUGUGUAGCGCAUAGCUGUCAAGUAUCCUGUAUGUAUAAUUUCCAUCUUUUAUUUAAGGCUUAUUUUUUAUCUGGCCCAGACUCCCCAUGUUUGACGGAGUCCCUGCCUCUACACAUUUUAAUUCGUAAUAAUCUCAGUCUAUGAGGUAUAACUCCUGAACAUAUCCAUUUAACUCAUAAACUCUAUCCACUGCAGCACAGCAAAUUCAGCUAUUUGUAAAGAGUGUAAACUAGUUAAACUAUCAUUUGUCUCAUUUUCCUUUUUGUUUUAUUGUGCUAUCUAUAUUUUAGGAAUCCAGACGGGGAUGACAAACCAUGGUGUUAUGUCAAAAAGCAAGGCUCACUGCAGUGGGAUUACUGCAAAGUCAAAAAGUGCUCUGGAGGUGACUACAGACACACAACGACACAUGUUUACACACAGAAUAUAUACAAUAUAUGUUUGUACUUUACGUCUGUAACUUGCUCCCUCUUUCCCAGGUCCUUCCCCAACUCCUGUCCAACCAGUGCCAGGCUCUACCCCGUUUUCUCAGUGUGGCAAAAUAGACUUCGGGACCCAGCCCACUCGCACCAGCAGAAUUUUUGGAGGCACCAAGUCCUUCCCUGGUGCUCACCCCUGGCAGCUUUCCCUACAGGCCAAACCCAAAGGCUCCUCAUUUGAGUUCGGCCACAUAUGUGGUGGGAUUCUUCUGUCGUCCUGCUGGGCUCUCACUGCUGCUCACUGCAUGUAUGUCUUGCACACCAUUUCUUCACCUUUGAAACUCCCUUUGUUCUUUAACUUAAAGGUGGGGUAGGCAAGAUCUGAGGAAGUGCCAGUUUUUGGGAGAAAUCUUUAAUGUAAACUCUACUCCUCCCAACCAGUUUUCCCCUCAGCUCCUCCUCCCCCCUCCCUCUCUGCUCCACCAAGCCCCGCCCACAAACAGACACUCCUGCUCGCUCGUAUCAUUUCAUUUAAAUUCAGAUAUAAUGCAGAUACAUACUUCAAAUAAUUACAUAUGGGGCACAGUCAACGUGAAAGUAAAAAGCAUUGGUGCUUCUGUAGAUGCCGACAGACUACAAGCAAACUCAAAGUUUGCAGGACUUCUACAACUAGGAUAAAGUGACAUACUCCUGGACCUGAGUUAAACAGUUUAGCGGUGCUACAACAUGCAGCAGGUCCUGUUUGACAAGAAACAGUUCUGUCACAGACACUUGGCUUACUUUGUUAGAGCGGUUUACCUGUCCAGCAGAGAGGUUACAGGGUCUGUAAGAUCCAGUGGCGACUGCUGGUCUUUCAAGGAGGGGAAGCUCAUUUUUCUGGCCUACAUCAUAAUUGUGUUUGUUUAUUUGUAUGUAACAGAAUAGAGUCGCCAAACACAGCGGCAGUCGUUUUUAACAAAGACAAAAGUCGCUGAGGAUCGGUAAAGUCUCUGGAGCAGUUAAGAACAACGGAAUGAAUAACUUGGAAAAUGCUCUGGUAGAUGUUUUAUUCUUCAAGAUCGCUGAUUCGCUUGUUUAGCUGUCAAUCAAAAAAGGAUUUCGCCUCAGACAGCUCAUCCAAUCAUGGAUGCAGAAGCUCGGAGUCCGGGAGAAAGUCGGGACCGCCCUCUCGCCAUAGAACUCCAGAGACGCUGAGCGUCCGAUGGGCGGGACAAAGCCCAGCAUUUAUCCAAUGAGCGUCUAGUUUCGCUGCUGGAACAACCCACUUUGAGCUUCCACAUUGAAGUCAGCAGAAGCUGGGCGUCCGGCUGUGUGAAGCGCUGAGGAUGAAUGAGAACGAAGUUGUGCAGAAUCAGCUUCUUAUCACACUGUGAUAAGAAGCUGAUUCUGAACAAAAGAUGAAGACUUUCUAGUGCGUAUUAGGUUAAUGAAAUGUACACACAGCAGUACGUAUUUCACCACUUUUUUUGGGGGGUGACAUUUUAAGGGAAGCUGAGCUUCCCUUGCAGUCUUAGAGCAAUCGCCACCGGUAAGAUCCCAAAGCCUCCCCCAUACGCUCCAUUGAUGUUGACCCGGCUUUUUAGCUUUUGUCUGGUCUACCUCCUUUUUAAGCGCCCGUUAUUCCGCCAGAGUCUCCAGUGUUUACUUUGUUUUCUUGUUUGUGUUGGCAGUCGUAGCCAAAGGAGGAUUCAGACAAUUUUCCGUACUUUCUGGUUGAUUUCUGCUGUCCCAUAUUGUUGCACGCUAACUUUGUUUGGGCUCGUGAACGACACGGGGGAGAAGCAUCUGCCACACAACCAAUCAGCACUAAGGAGCAGUGUCUGCCUCACAACCAAUUAGGUUGGGGGAGGCGAAGAAUGGCUUUGUGGGCAGUCAGAAAGAGUGGGCCACUCUAAAAAUUUUAAAUGUUGACUACACAGACAUAACAAAACACAGCGGUAUCGUUAUAAUCCCAAUGUCAUCAAUAACUAAUAGCUAUGGACCGAUAUUAAAAGCUUUUUUGUAUCUAUGUACACCACAAAAAAAGAUGCUUCUUUAACGGAAUCCUGCCUACUUCACCUUUAACUGUAAUUAUUUUCUUUUGCAGUUCAAAUACCAAUGAAUUUCAAGUGAUGUUGGGAGGAGUGAAAUUAUUCAAACAGGAGGAGAUGGACCAGACCAUCCCGGUUGUAGAAACUAUUGUUCAUGAGAACUACAGGGAGGCUCCUGAUGCUCUUUACAACGACAUUGGUUUGUAACAUUAGAGUCAAAAUAGUCCACAUGCUUUAAGAUGAUGAGUCUGUGAAAAAGAAGUUAAAGAAUUUAAAAAUAGCACAAAUGACUGAUGUUAGCUAACAGGCAAUUUUCUUUCCUGUGUAGCUCUUCUCAGACUCCAGGUGACAGACAGUCCUUACUGUGCCAAAGAAACCCGCUUUGUGAGGGCAGCAUGUCUACCAGACCAGAGCUUCCCAUCUGGGAAAGAGUGUGUGAUCUCAGGAUGGGGGGCCACAGAAAGCCGUAAGUACAUUUCAUUAAGACUCAUUUAAUGUCAUCAGAUUAUUUAGUUAGACUCGACUGCAUUUCGACUGCAGUCCCCUAGUUAUGGUUAAGAUGCAAAAUCAUUGGAUCAAAUAUGAUCAGAAGUACAGCUGGAAUAUGACCUCCUUCACUUGUUAACAUUUUGGACUUUCAAACCUGCUCUGUGACGCAGACUCUGCUUAAAAGUUUGACUCUAACCAUAGACUGUAUAAAGAAUGGACAGUGUCCACCUUCUAUUGGGUGAAGCCACCCCGAGAACAGCACCCUCUGGUGAAGGGCUGCAGUAUGGGUCAUAAAUCCCUCCUCCGGCAGCAAAGCUUAUGGAGCUGUGGACAAAUUUUAGAAGUUUAUUACGCAGAACACAAUUUUUUCCCCCUGCUUGUGAUGUUGACAUGUAGUUACUGUUAGACUGGUUUGUGUUCAAGUCCUCUUUUUUCUGCACAGCUCCAUUUUUAAAAGUUGUUAGGGGGUUCAUGUUUUCAAUGACUGACACUCGAUACGGCCUAUGGGCGUACAAAGAUUGCGUAGCUUACCCAGGGGAUACGCUGUUUAAGCAGAGCGUCAUCACAGCGACUCUCAACGACUCUCCCGCCAAUGCGACUGUGCAAGUGGUGGAGUGCGUACAAUGCUACUGCGCAAUUUUGGUUUCAGGAAGGGGAGAAAAAAACGGAAUUACUGAGAGCUUUUUGGCUUAAAAUCCAUGUACUUGAGGAAGGCAGAACCAAGUUGUCCAUAGUUUAAACAGUUUAUGAGUCCAACGUGAAAAUCAGACAACACUGAUGACUUCAUGAUCAAUCUAUGCCUCAUGGAUAAAUCUAUAAAUUUAUGCUUCAUCUUUAGUUCUCUUUUACUUUUCAGAGAGAUUUAGCACCCACCUGCUAAACGCCCGUGUGUUCAUGAUUUCUGACCAGAAAUGCAGAACUCCUGAGGUUUAUGGAGGUGUGCUGGACGACAGCAUGUUAUGUGCAGGGAUUCUGCAGGGUGGCACUGACUCCUGCAAGGUGAGUUUUUUCAUUAGUGUGAAAAAACUAAUCCAUUCACAUGAGGUGGGACUGAUGAUUCAAGUGUUUUGAAUGCUCUAUUAACAUUAGCCUUGGUGAACAAGAUCAAUUUAUCCUCUUCUUAGUGUCCACUAAAAAAAGAGUUUCUGUACCUGUUCUGUUUCUAUAGGGUGACUCAGGAGGACCACUGGUCUGUGAACACAAUGGCACUCACUAUGUUAGUGGAGUGGUGAGCUGGGGCAUUGACUGCGCUCGGAGGAACAAGCCUGGUGUCUAUGCCAACGUCUACUCAUUUCUUGACUGGAUCAAAAACAAAAUGAUAUAAGCAUAAAAAUUAUUUACAGGCGGGAAAGUUAAAAAAAAAUCAUGAUACUCAGCAUAGUUUGCCCUGGGAAAAAAAAGUUUAUUUAACCAGCAAUAAAACCAAGCAUUUACUCCCAGCCCAGCUUUGAGUUAAAAUGGGACCUGAUACAAACUCACAAAGCUGAACCUGCCAGACAAAACGGAGGGCACACAUUUUUUCAUUCGACAAUACUUAUUCCCACUGAGCCUUGCAAAGUGCAUUAUAUUAGCAGACUUCAUUGGAGAACUGCCAGUUUGCAAGGUUUGUCUGAGCCUUGUCCAAUGAAAUAAAAUAACAUACCUUUUUAAAAAAGUGAUGACCAAACAGCACACGGCAUUCUCUGAUCCAGAUUCAUGUUAUUUGAACACAUUCAAGAUAUAAAACUAAAACAAACCUUGUAUUUGAAACUGAAAGACUUUUACUUUUGGCCUGAUAAGUAAAAAAGUGAAGGGUCACCGCUCAGUCUGGAGAGAAGGUGCAGGAUUAGCAGAAACUUUAAAGAAAAAAGAGAGAAACAAUCCCCACACUUCUGGUCUGUUGCAAAAAGAGCUUUACUGAGGCAAGCUGUUGGUCUGUCUGGCAGAAUGCCUUGAUGAAGGUCUAACAGACCGAAAGCUUGCCUCAGUAAAGCUCUUUUUGCAACAGACCAGAAGUGUGCGGAUUGUUUCUCUCUUUUUACUUUUCGCCUGAUACAACCUGAAUUCAGUACUCUCAAUGCUCUCAAUAGCCCAGUUGGAGAUUUCAAUAAAGUAUCAAAAAUACUUAAA